UAAUCACUAGGAAAAAGCUAGCCACAAUCUUUUCCAUUACCUGAAGAAUUGUACUUAAGGAUUGUACUUUAAACAGAGAAUCAAUAAAAGGGUGGAAAAGCAGUAGUGAACCCAAAGACAAUUACAACACAAAUUACUAUGAUUUUCUUUCUCCCUUCAUCCUCAUCAUCAUUCAUCCGACAAUUUCUUUUCCCAAUUUGUCUUCUUCCACUUCGUUCAAUCUCCUAAACCAUAAAAUCGACCUCUCAAAUCCCAUCCUGUGGCUCCAAAUCCGCCCCUUUCUUUUUCCUUCUUUUCUUACCUGUUUUUGUGGAUCCAAAUAAUGUGCAUUCUCUUCAUCUUUCUCUUUAAUGGGACCCCUUUUACCACUUCCCAUCAUUAUCGACUAAUUUAUUCCUUACUCUCACCUCCAGCGACAAAUUUCAAUUCUAUACCCGAAUUCUGUAACGACCCCAUGUAAUGCAAUCAUGGGUUUUGGUGGAAGAUUAGUGUUCUUGGCUUUCAUCCUUUUGAAGUGAUUGUUCAUGCAGCGGAUUGAUUCGUGUAAUGGGUUGCGGGAAAAAUGGUGGCUUGUUAAUGGCGAGUGGUAAGGAUUUUGGCAGGUGGAUGUCAGAGAUUGAAUGUUGGAUUCCAUGGCAAUUUCUCAUACAUCCCUUUUCUUGACUCUUAAUUUGUUCUUUCUAUAUAAAGAAAGACAACUUUCUGGUCUAAAUUGUAGAUGUACUUAUGCCUUAUGAUGGACUUUGUUAUUUAAUAAUCACUCUUAAAACUCUUCUCUUAUCUCUAUUUAUUGAACAGGUUAAACAAUGUUUAUAAUUGAUUUCUUAUGAACUUUCUCUAAUUGCCUGGGGAAAAUCAUUAAGCUAAAUAGGGAAUUACUGUUAAUGUGCCUAAACAAAAUCAUCAGGCCUUUCGAUUAUCCUUUCGUUUAUUCCAGCAUUUGAUGAUAAAAUGUGAGGAUGGCUGUUGCUUGCUGCAUAGUACUGGUUUCGGCAUCAUGUUAUUUCCAAAAACACUAAUUCUUUAACGGUAAUACUAAUGAUAUGGGAGAGCUCUUGAAAUUGAUUUGGAGGUAAUAAUUUCGAUCUUUCAAUUGAUAAUUAGGCUUUGAAAAUUGAAGGCAUUGUUCUAUGUAAUGUGCCUGAGGAAGGGUGUGUUUGGCCAGCUUCUGCCUGUGGAUUAGUAUCAUGUGAUCGAUUCUUUUUGUUGGCAAAUUGGUAUCUAUGUUAACGACCUCAUAACGGUUGCUUGCCAAAAAUUAAUAUCCUCUGAGUUAAAAAUCGACGUUUGAACCUGGUUAGAAGAGCUUUAUUGAUUUUCUGAUGGACUCUGAUGAUUUUGAGCAAUCCUUGCUUCCUAAGCUAUCUGAUUCUGAUAAGAAGAAUUCUCUCCUGAGAAGGAAAUCUAACCGACAUGGUAGUUUUUCACAUUCAGUAGAAAAUAACAAUCAACCACAAAAUUACGAUGUAGUGUCUCAUCAACGUAUUGCUGUUUCACAAGUUAGUUUUAGGAAAGUAUUUGUUCUUCUGGCGACUUAUUUGGGAGGAGGCACAUUUUGUUUUUUCCUUGUUCGGGAUCAGAUCACUGGAAAGAAAACAAAUGGGGUUGUCGAUUCCAUUUACUUUUGUGUUGUGACAAUGACCACCGUUGGGUAUGGUGAUCUUGUUCCUGAUAGCAUGGUUGCAAAACUACUUGCAUGUGUUUAUGUCUUCACUGGAAUGACUCUUGGUGGGAUGAUUCUUAGCAAGGCAGCGGAUUACAUAGUCGAAAAGCAGGAAAUUCUUCUGGUUAAGGCCAUGUGCAUGAGGAAAAAGAUCAGCUCCAGUGAGAUCCUUCAGGAAUCUGAGGCUAACAAAUUGAAAUACAAAUUCAUUAUGACUGGAAUCCUCCUUUGGGCUCUUAUCGUUGUUGGAAUCCUUUUCUUGACUGUGGUUGAGAACCUAGAGUUCACAGAUGCCUUUUAUUGUGUCUGUUCCACAAUCACGACUCUCGGCUAUGGGGAUCAGAGCUUCUCUACUACAGCCGGUCGUGUUUUUGCUGUCAUUUGGAUAAUGAGCGGUACCAUCUGCUUAGCACAGUUUUUUCUGUACCUUGCAGAAUUAUACACAGAAAGGAGACAAGAAUCACUGGUUAAUUGGGUUCUCAGCCGAAGCCUCACAUAUUCGGAUCUUGAAGAAGCAGACCUUGAUCAUGAUAAAGUAGUCAGUGCUGCAGAAUUUGUUAUAUAUAAACUGAAGGAAAUGGGGAAGAUCAAUCAGGAAGACGUUUCUCCCAUACUUGACACUUUUAAGAAGCUUGACAUUGAUCAAUCAGGAUGUCUAACAGAAGCUGAUAUAGUAGUAAUCUCAUAGCCGUUGUCUUAAUAACGCCCAACUGGUAUGCUGAAUCAAAUGGAGAUGGGGAGGGAGUGAAGAGGUGCAACAAGCAUCAACGAAAGGAUUAAAAAAUAAAGCUUUUCAUACAAGCAUUCAUAAAAUACGUUCUUCAUUUGUAAAGAUCAUAUAAUUACAAUGUUUAUGUGAUAAACAAUAUGUGUUCAUUUAGAAAUAUCAUUCAUGAAAUCAUUCACAAACAAACAUUCAUUUA